CAAACCUCUCCUGGAAGUAUCAAAUGUUUCAACUCUUUCUAUUGAUGUGUUGAAAGAGGAGAUUGCACAAGCAAUACGGUUGAAACACCCAACAGUGGACCAUGUGUGUCUGGCAAAGAAUAUCACUUACAAUGGAUUCAACUACAGAACUGAAAUGAUCCUUGCAUAUGGAUCUUUGGCUGGGAUCCCUAAAUUCACUGAAAUCAUCCAUAUGUUGGUUCUGAAGGACAAGCUGUUUUUCAUUGUUCGCAAGCUGAGGGCGUGGCAUUGGGAGCAUUUCAGGGCCUUUGAACUUCAAGUGAGCCCCAACAAGGACAUUUUGCUUUUGGGGCCAGAUGAACUGACAGAUCCAUAUCCAUUGGUGGAUUAUACUGUAGGAGGAAUGCGUUUGAUUACCUUAAAGAGAUAUAUUCAAGUUUAAGAUAUCCUGGACGUGUUUUGACAUUAAAUUCCUGCGCUACAUAAGUAGUUUGUGCACAGUCUACAUCAACCCUUCAACACGCACAGUUUUGUGUACACUAGCGCUGAGAGGCAACUUGAUCCACAAAUAUGGCAAAUCCCAUACGACUCCUCAUUUUGUUGAGUGACAAUAGCUCUGAGAGGAUGGAUCUAUCAAGGGUGCCAGAUACAGUUGAAGAGCUCAUUGAACAAGUUAAAGAGUCAUGCAAAGUUGCUGGAGGUAUCAGGCUGCAAUAUAAAGAUGUAGACUUUGGUGGAACAUUUGUGAACUUGAACUCAACCUCCAUGAUCAAGGAUCUUACCACCAUCAAGGUCAUACCGUCUGCUACUGAAACAUUAAUUUUAGAAUUUGUAGAAAGUGACCUAGAUACAAGCUCCAUCUCAACAAACACUGAUGACACAGUCAUACUAAGCAGCAGCUCCUCUGAGAAACUCCGCACAGAGCCCUGGCCAAAGGAGUUCAACAUCCCACAAUUCUCUUUUGAAACAGAAGGUCAACUUGAGAAAGGGAAUGCGGAAUACACAAAGGACCAAACCAGGCUCACACCUACAUCAAAAAUGUUGUCCGACAUUCUGGAAAGACUGGCAGAGAAGAUUUUCUCCUACAAGGCGUACCCCAGUGAUGCAGACCUGAGUGACGUUGUGGAGGCUCUGACAAGGAAACAUCCCUGCUUGAGGCAACCAGACUCCUUCAAUGAGAGCUACGGAUGGAAACUCAGACUAAAGACUAAGAUGAACAAUUACCGCACUCAGCUUAAGUCACAUGGACUUGCAUCUGAGCUCUUAGUAAAUACCCUCAAAUCAAAGUCACGAGAAGAUCCUUUUCCCAAGCCAGCCAAGAACAACAAAAAGGCAAGAAGAGGUGAGGCCAAUUACUAUCCUCAGACCAGCAGUGAGAAUCCAGAAAGCCUAGAACUAGAGCGAAUAUCUCUCCUGACCGAAUUAAAGAAGAGAAACAAUGAGAAAACUGUACGAGAGAAGAUGGCCAGGACCUUCGAAUUCAGGAGGAAAGAGGUUGUGGAUAAGAAGCCUGACAUCAAGAACCUCUUGGAAAGAUGGCCAGGUCUAUUUCAGAUGGAAGAGAUUAAUGCAGAGUUUCUGCGGGUUACUGCAGUUCCCCUGCUAACCAGAUUCCCAGCUGGACAAGCACUCCCCACAGCUACUUAAAAUAAUCAGAAAGAAAGGAGGGACAACCAAAGCAAAAACUGCCAUAAUCCUAGAGUUUCUUGAUCAGGAUGCUGAUGCUGACAUUAGGAGGGAGUGUAUACUUAAAUCUCUCAUUAUCUACCUUGGAGAACGUGUUGAGGACUUGAUAAAAGAAUACAUGAUAUCCCAGAAAGAUGAAGCUGAGGAAGAGCUGCAGAGUACCACCAUGGCACUCUUUGUCUUCAGGGACAACUCAAGCCUCCUACAUCAGCCUCGAGACAUCGGGAUAAUCAUUGAUGGUGUGGAAGUCCUGAAUGAGUUGCCUUCUGUGGCAGCUGGAGUGGCAAUGAUCUUUGGACUCUGUUAUGCUCUUAAUAUGGAAUAUCCACGAGGAUUCAGGUUCACCUUUGAGGCUCUUCAAAAGAUUAUGAUGGAGCUUGACUUUAACAAGAUGACCUCUAAGAUUCGCAAACUUAAUUGUGAACUUAACACUGCACAGUAGUGUGUUUGCAUGCAUGUGUGCAUGUGUAUGUGCACAUGCAUGUGCAUGUGUGCUUGGUUAUUUUGCUUGGUUGGCCUGCAGUGGUAUUCUACAUUCAAAAAUUAUAAGAACACCCAUUUGAAAGGGAGAUUUAAGUUGAUUUCAUUGAUACAUGUGUAGAUUUUUUUUACAUUGUACAGGCACAGUGCACAUAUAAACAUUUUUGAGUACUUGCAAAUUGAUUUAAAAAGAGUUUUGGUUUUAUGCCAGUUUUAGACAGGUUGCAGGUUUUAUACCAGUUCUAAAAAGAUUGCAGGUUUUAUACCG